GUUGUUUUAUUGGUUGUUUUCAUCUGAUUCGUGUAGCGACAGUGGUAGUGCUAGUGGUGCUGCGGUAGUAGUAAUUGUAAAGUAUUGUAUUGAAGCGUGAUAGUGUAAACUUUGUGCACACGACUCGAGCUUUCGAGUGGCAAAGAAAAGAUAAACCGGAGCGAGUGAUAAGUGUGUUUGCGGCAGUAUUUAGCGGCAGCCAUCGUGUGGCACCGGACCCGCACCCUGCAUGUGUUAAAAGUGAAAGGAAGAGUGCGAAAAUAAUUCGAUCACGGCCGCAAGGAAGGAAAGUGCCCCGCGGUCGCUUUCGCAGUGUUGCGAAAAAGGAGUCGAAAGCGCAAAAUCGUCGGCGAGCGUUCGUUCGCAUUUCUUUUCUGUUUUUGUUUGGCUGACAAAAAUUGGUGCAGAAAAAUAGCAAAACCGAAAAAAAAGCAAAAGGGCAGCAAAAGUGGUGUCACACAUAAAUGUGUUUUCAAUGAGCGCAGUGUCCCGAAGUCAGCCACCGAAGCAGGAGUUAUCAACAUGAGGACUCUCGAGCGGCCCUUCGCAGGCCGGCGCUGGCUCUGGCCAUUCGCCCUCGCGACCACAGGCUGCCUGUUGGCCUUGCACUUUACGAUCCCUGCCAUCAAUGCUGCCGAGUCCAGCCUGAUGAGCCACGUCGAGAAGCAGCGGUACGAUGGAUGGUACAACAACCUGGCGCAUCCGGACUGGGGAGCUGUCGAUAACCAUCUCACAAGGAAGGCUCCUUCGGCCUACUCUGACGGUGUUUACGUCAUGGCCGGCAGCAACAGGCCAUCCCCGCGUAAACUAAGUCGACUGUUCAUGCGCGGAACUGACGGUCUGCCAUCGAUGGAAAACCGAACCGCACUGCUGGCCUUCUUCGGGCAGGUUGUAACAAACGAGAUCGUGAUGGCAUCGGAGUCCGGCUGCCCGAUCGAGAUGCACCGGAUCGAGGUGGAAAAGUGCGACGAGAUGUACGACCGGGAGUGCCGGGGAGAUCGGUACAUUCCGUUCCAUCGGGCCGCAUACGAUCGCAACACGGGUCAGAGUCCGAAUGCACCUCGCGAGCAGAUUAACCAGAUGACGGCCUGGAUCGAUGGCAGUUUCAUCUACAGCACCUCGGAGGCGUGGUUGAACGCGAUGCGAUCGUUUCAGGACGGUGCGUUGCUGACGGACAAACAGGGGACGAUGCCGGUCAAGAACACGAUGCGUGUGCCUUUGUUCAACAAUCCUGUGCCGCACGUGAUGCGUAUGCUGAGUCCGGAGAGGUUAUACCUCUUGGGAGAUCCACGAACCAACCAGAAUCCAGCGCUUCUCUCGUUCGCUAUCCUAUUUCUGCGUUGGCACAACGUGGUGGCAAAACGAGUCCGCCGACAGCACCGGGAUUGGGGAGACGAGGAAAUCUUCCAACGGGCACGCCGCGUCGUUAUCGCCAGUCUUCAAAACAUAGUCGCCUACGAAUACCUGCCGGCCUUCCUGGACAAGGAGCUACCACCGUACGAUGGCUACAAAGCGGACACACACCCCGGCGUGAGCCACAUGUUCCAGGCGGCUGCGUUCCGGUUCGGCCACUCACUCAUUCCACCCGGACUGUUCCGACGCGAUGGCCAAUGUAACUUCCGGCGAACCAACAUGGACUUCCCGGCGUUACGGCUUUGUUCAACCUGGUGGAAUUCUAAUGACGUCCUCGACAAUACGCCAGUGGAAGAGUUCAUCAUGGGAAUGGCAUCACAAAUCGCAGAAAAGGAGGAUCCGCUGCUGUGCUCCGACGUGCGUGACAAACUGUUCGGACCGAUGGAGUUCACCCGGCGGGAUCUUGGCGCGCUGAACAUUAUGCGCGGUCGUGACAAUGGACUGCCGGAUUACAACACUGCCCGUGCCGCAUAUCGACUGCCUAAGAAGAAGACCUGGCGAGACAUCAACCCGCAGGUGUUUGAACGGCAACCAGAACUGAUGGAAUUGCUGAUCAAUACCUACGACAAUCGCCUCGACAACGUGGACGUCUAUGUAGGGGGAAUGUUGGAGUCGGACGGGCGCCCUGGAGAACUAUUUUCAGCUGUCAUUAUAGAUCAGUUCACCCGAAUCCGCGAUGCCGAUCGGUUCUGGUUCGAGAAUGAAGAUAAUGGUAUUUUCACGAAGGAAGAGAUUGACGAAAUCCGUAAGUUCACACUCUGGGACAUCAUCGUCAACAGCACGGACAUCGAGGGUGAUGAAAUUCAGCGUGAUGUGUUCCACUGGAAGCAGGGAGACCCAUGUCCCCAACCGGAGCAGUUGAACGCCACACUCUUGGAACCGUGCAAUUAUCUUGAGGGCUACGACUACUUCUCCGGCUCCGAGCUGGCGUACAUCUACUCGUGCGUGUUCCUCGGUUUCGUGCCCAUCCUUUGCGCCGGUGCCGGUUAUUGCGUGAUCAAGCUACAGAACAGUCGGCGCCGUAAGCUGAAGAUCAAACAGGAGGCGAUGAAAAAUGCCGCCACAGGCAAGAUUUCCGUCGAGAAGAGUGUUGCACGCGAGUGGCUUCAUGCGAACCAUAAGCGGUUGGUGACAGUUAAAUUUGGACCGGAGGCGGCGAUCUACACCGUCGAUCGGAAGGGUGAAAAAUUACGUACGUUCAACCUGAAGCACGUGGACGUUGUGACGGUUGAGCAGUCGCAGGAGAAUUAUAAGGCGAAGAAACCAUACAUUCUGCUGCGUGUCCCGAACGAUCACGAUCUGGUGCUCGAGCUGGAGUCGAACUCGGCCCGCCGUAAGUUCGUCAAGAAGCUGGAAGAUUUCCUGGUAGUCCACAAAAAGGCUAUGACGUUCGUUGAGUCCAAUCGGGACCUCAUGCUGGCUAAGGCUGAAACUCGUGAGCGUCGUCAGAAGCGGCUUGAACACUUCUUCCGCGAGGCGUAUGCUUUAACGUUCGGUUUGCGGCCCGGUGAGCGUCGUCGUCGGUCGGAUGCUUCGCUCGACGGCGAAGUUAUGACCGUAAUGCGCACCAGUUUAUCUAAAUCAGAGUUUGCGGCGGCGCUUGGUAUGAAACCUGACGACAUGUUCGUUCGCAAAAUGUUCAACAUUGUCGACAAGGACAAGGAUGGAAGAAUAUCGUUCCAGGAAUUCCUCGAAACGGUGGUGCUUUUCUCACGUGGAAAAACCGAUGAUAAACUGAGGAUCAUUUUCGACAUGUGCGAUAACGACCGCAAUGGUGUGAUCGACAAGGGCGAGCUCAGUGAAAUGAUGCGAUCAUUGGUAGAGAUAGCUCGUACGACCAGCGUUACGGACGAUCAAGUCAACGAGCUGAUCGAUGGAAUGUUCCAGGACGUUGGUCUGGAGCACAAGAACCAUCUGACGUACGAAGAUUUCAAGCUCAUGAUGAAGGAAUACAAGGGAGACUUUGUCGCCAUCGGGUUGGACUGCAAGGGUGCGAAACAGAACUUCCUCGACACGUCGACCAACGUGGCUCGCAUGACGUCGUUCCACAUCGAACCGAUAUCGGACUCCCGCCGUCACUGGAUGCAGGAGAAGUGGGACGCCUACACGACGUUCCUGGAGGAGAAUCGGCAGAACAUUUUCUAUCUGUUCAUUUUCUACGUUAUCACGAUAGUGUUGUUUGUUGAGCGUUUCAUUCAUUACUCAUUCAUGGCGGAGCAUACCGAUCUUCGGCACAUCAUGGGCGUCGGUAUUGCCAUUACACGUGGUUCUGCAGCUUCCCUUUCAUUCUGCUACUCACUGUUACUGCUCACAAUGUCAAGGAACCUGCUCACCAAGUUGAAGGAGUUCCCCAUCCAACAGUACAUCCCACUGGAUUCGCACAUUCAAUUCCACAAGAUUGCUGCCUGUACGGCGCUGUUCUUCUCGCUGCUCCAUACCGUUGGACACAUCGUAAAUUUCUAUCACGUUUCGACACAAUCCAUCGAGAAUCUCAAGUGUCUCACGAAGGAAGUCCAUUUCACUUCCGACUAUCGGCCCGACAUCACCUACUGGCUGUUCCAGACGGUUACGGGCGUAACGGGCGUGAUGCUAUUCGUUACGAUGUGCAUCAUCUUUGCCUUCGCCCAUCCGACCAUCCGCAAGAAGGCGUACAAGUUCUUCUGGAACGCACAUUCGCUGUACGUGCUACUGUAUGCGCUUUGUCUCAUUCAUGGACUUGCGCGUCUAACAGGUGCCCCACGCUUCUGGCUGUUUUUCAUCGGUCCCGGCAUCGUGUACACGCUGGACAAGAUCGUGUCCCUGCGCACCAAGUACAUGGCGCUGGACGUCAUCGAGACGGACCUGUUGCCGUCGGAUGUGAUUAAGAUUAAGUUCUACCGACCGCCGAAUCUAAAGUAUCUCUCCGGCCAGUGGGUACGACUAUCGUGCACGGAGAUCAAACCGGAGGAGAUGCACAGCUUCACGCUGACCUCGGCACCGCACGAGAACUUCCUCAGCUGUCACAUCAAGGCGCAGGGUCCGUGGACGUGGAAGCUGCGCAACUACUUCGACCCGUGCAACUACAAUCCGGACGAUCAGCCGAAGAUAAGAAUCGAGGGUCCGUUCGGUGGAGGCAACCAGGAUUGGUAUAAGUUCGAGGUGGCCGUCAUGGUGGGCGGUGGAAUCGGUGUUACACCGUACGCGUCGAUCCUGAACGAUCUGGUGUUUGGUACCAGCACCAACCGGUACUCGGGAGUGGCCUGUAAGAAGGUGUACUUCCUAUGGAUUUGUCCGUCGCACAAACACUUCGAGUGGUUCAUCGAUGUGCUGCGUGACGUCGAGAAGAAGGACGUCACCAACGUGCUGGAGAUUCACAUAUUUAUCACACAGUUCUUCCACAAGUUCGAUUUGCGUACUACCAUGCUCUACAUUUGCGAGAAUCACUUCCAGCGACUUUCGAAGACGUCCAUGUUCACCGGAUUGAAGGCGGUGAACCACUUCGGUCGUCCGGACAUGUCCAGCUUCCUGAAGUUUGUCCAAAAGAAGCACUCCUACGUCUCAAAGAUCGGCGUCUUCUCCUGUGGACCCCGGCCGCUUACCAAGAGCGUCAUGUCGGCGUGCGAUGAAGUGAACAAAAGCCGCAAGUGGCCAUAUUUCAUACAUCACUUUGAAAACUUUGGCUAACCGUCCAAAUUCGAUCGGCGACGAUGGUGUCGUGUUGGUCCGCUCCAGUCCGCUACCUGCAAAACCGUUCGCUUCUUCAAUCCGUCUGGAGGGAUGCAUUUGCUCACGCAUUUCAUGGCAAACUCGUUCAUCAUCGUAUCAUUUACGUUUUUGUGUCUCGUAUUCUGUGUUUUUUGUGCGUCUUUGAAUGUAUGUUUGUAUGUCGCUUACUAUAUGUUGUUCAACCCGUCCUUAGAAGCGUCGUUCGCGGCUAUAAGUCGUACAUAGCUUCUAUUUUGUUCUAAACACAGUAUUCUCAAACCUUUUGGUUUGAUCUACGCCUUCCCAAUGAGAAGUUGUAUGUGGAACUGGAGGCGUAGAGUUUUGUUCAUUUUUAAAUAAGCGGUUCAACGAGUCAGAAGUUUCGGUUCAUUAUCACUGCCUCAAGUGGCUAUUUAUUUUAGUCGAAAAAAAUCAUAUACAGUGCGCAUCAGGUCAUAUAAAGUGCGCAUUAGUUGGUUUUGUUCAAACAUACAACAACAUGCAAAUGUAGUAACACAGUCGGUUAGCUGGGACCAUGAUGCACAGGAAAAGGAUGUAACAGAAAACUACCAUUUCAGAAUGAGUGAUAUUACAUGUACGAAUAAAUGCAAUUAUUUGUUAGCAUUAGGGAACACAACUAUCAUGCAUCGCUGUACGAGGUAGUCGGUCAAAACAGGGUGCACAUAAUCGUUUCUUCGACGCUGGUCCAACAAGUUUCACUACCAUCACAACUGCCGGAUGCGGAUGUACCGUCUCGUGGUUGUACAUCUGGCACGUGUUCGGUGUAAGCGCGCUUCACCCCUGUCACUUUCCUUUGAGAUACAUUUGCUCAUGCCCGAGCUCAUGCUCGUUUUUCACGCUGGCGCAAACAGGGAGGAAAAAACCCCACCUUGGGGCGUAAAAAGUAGUUAAAGAUCAAUGUAAAUAAGCAUUAAACUCGUUGCUAUAUUUAUUGUAACAUGUACCGAUAGGAAUAAAUGUAAGCUUUCCAA